AUGUACUUUUGGAUACUGGGGCCUAAAGGAGGAUUGGCAGAGAAGGUCGCGGACGAGGUCGAUGGUAAGAAAAUUAUGUUUGCGAACCAAAUGGAUACAGAUGAAGAAGAGGAUGCUAUCUACUUCAACGAUAGCAGCGACACCUACCAUUUCGGGGAUGUAUUCUAUGCGUUUCUGUGCGGCGAGAAGACGGGAAGAGCGAUUCGAUACGAUAAGAAAACGAAAAAGGCCAAAGUUGUAAUGGACCAUCUUCAUUUCCCUAAUGGUCUUGCCUUAAGCAAAGAUGGUUCGUUCGUGCUUUCCUGUGAGGUCCCAACGCAAUUUGUGCAUCGAUAUUGGGCCAAGGGACCAAAAGCCGGUACCCGAGACAUAUUUGCAAAGCUCCCUGGCUACGCUGAUAACAUCAGAAGAACCGAGACAUGGGAUUUUUGGGUUGCCUUGCAUUCCAAGAAAACUCCAUUUUCUAGGCGGAAAGCCGCAUGCCGUCGCCGUGAAACUAUGCCCGGUGAGGUCUUGGAGAUUCUUGAGGAUAGUGAACGGAAGAAUAUGAAGUUCGUAAGUGAGGUUCAAGAGAGAUAUGUAAGCUCUGGUUUGGCUGUUUGGGUCUGUGUUUCUGCCUUUCGUUUGGAUUCUCGAUCGUUGGUGAUUUCUACGAUUAGUUUUUAA